ACCUAACCUCCAGGAAACAUCUGGCUAUGAGGAUGGCCCCCCCUCCACGUCUUUCAUGGACUGUGCUCUUCUUUGCACUGGGUCAUCUUGGCUUUGCAACUGCUGAUGGCAGGCAGACAGGCUGUGGCAGAGAAUUUCUAGGGGUUUGGGUAUUACACGUUGCCACUGUUUCCACCAAUGACAUGUUUCACUGCAUCAUCAACCAUGUUGUGUGAUUGAAAGUUGUGUCGUACCAUGGUGGUUCAGCAAUUGCCAAGCAUGAACUUCCUUGAAUACCCCUGUGAGCAAUAUACCAACAUCUCUGGCCCAUGGAGGAACCGUGGCUUCUUGCCGACUCCCUCUCAACUCCAGCUGAAGGACGACUCGGACCUGCAGGAAGGCUGGUACCGCUUCAUCGGUGUAGGGGGUGACAUCCUGGAUUGUCCCUGCUUAUCAAUCCCAUCUUUGGCAGAGGAGCGCCUAGGAUCCUGUAACUCCGGACCACCUGACACAUGCUUUAUAACCUGCCAUAGGAUGUUCUCUUUUCUGGGUGUUAAGAAGAUAGAUCUGUGUGCAGGAACAGACGAGAAAGGAAGUGUGGAUGUUAAAAAUUGUGGAGGGAAAGGAUAUUUUGUGCAUAAGCUCAAACCCUCCAACAGCAGUCAGAUAUACACCACACGCCAUUUUAGAUGUGAAGAUUCUGAAGACUCUUGUGGCGAGUUUGCCCAAUGUGGUACACUGUUUGGAGACUGUGAGUGCAAGCCUGGAUAUGAGAUGCCCAAAGGACUUCUACCAACAGGAGACACGUACGGAUGCACAGACACUGAUGAAUGUGCGCUUGCUGGCCCUUGUGGAGUUGGCGUAGACUGUCUGAACUUGCCGGGGUCGUACCACUGUGACUGUGUCGGUGGCUACCUCCUUCAUCUCUUUCCCAAUAACACCCUCACGUGCACAGAUCAACAAGAGGUGGAAACAAACUGCAAGGCUGAGCUGUCUGAGUGCAUCAUCGAUUAUCUGACUGGGAUGAUCAACAGCAGUAUAGAGCAAAACCUGCCCUUAAGUGUUGUUGUCCCUAUCCUGGUGAAACUACUGGCAUCUCUGUACGAUCUGUCCAAAGACACAGCGGUGAAAACAAACACACUCAUCCGACACGCCAACAGUGUGCUCAGGAGCUCUGAAGACGUAAUGGCCAUUUUGAUGUCUCCCGAUGCAAAGACGAGGAGUCAUUUAAGCAUCACCACAUCAUCAGCAGAGCUGCAACAAAUUACAAUCGGACCAGAUGCAAAUCCAAGGCCUGGUGUCAUUCAGAUAAAGACAGAUGACUCUCAACUGGAUAUCAACCUGUCCAAGAACAAUGCAGACAAGGCAUCUGCUGCACUCCUGGUCUUCACCAACAUGGAGGAAGUCAUCACAGCUGACUUCUUCACAAAUAUUAGUGAUGCCAUCACCACUAUCAUGUCCAAAGUGGUUUCUGUUACCCUGGGACCGACCACACUGCUGUCAAAUCCAUUAAACCUUACUCUCAAGCAUACAAAUAUUGUGCAUCCUCGAGGAGAGCUCUCCUGUGUGUACUGGAAUGGCGAUGCCUGGGUGGUAGACGGCUGUGAUGUCACCCAGACCAACACCACCCACACAGUCUGCACCUGUGGGCACCUGUCCACCUUCAGUCUGAUGAUGCAGGUGGAGAGGAACUGGCUAAAGAUGGCUGCCAUGCUCAUUGGCCUGCUCUUCCUGAUCCUGACCCUGGUGACCUUUGCCCUGUGUGCCCUGAACCCCAAAGUGACCAACCUGGCUCGCCUGAACCUCUGCAUCAGCCUCUUCCAGGCCCACCUCCUAUCACUGCUCGUCCAGGAGCUCAUCCUCCACAUCCUUCCUCACAAGGUGUUGUGUAGAGUUCUCUCCGGCUUCCAGAUUUUCUUCUACUUGAGUGGUCUCCUGUGGAUGCACCUGGAUAUCCUGCUCCUCCUCCUGUCAAUCAUGAUGCUUAAGAAGCUCCGGAAGCCCCAUGGGGAGGGGCCAAGCUGUGGCCACUUGUCUUUGAUUGGCUACGGGUUUCCACUACUAAUAGUGGGUAUGGUUGUCGGAGUGAUGCCAGAUGGAUAUGGCACUGAAUGGUGUGGUGUCCGGACACAUGACGGCCUCUCCUGGAGUCUGCUGGGGCCGGCUUACUUCACCUUCACUGUUAACCUGAUUAUGUUGCUCAUCGUCUUCAUCCGCCUCUGCUUGCUGCCUUCAAAUGAGUCCUCUCUUAAUGAGGAAAUCAGGAAUGUCAGAUGCCAGGCCGCACGUGUGUUGGUCCAGUCUGUGGUCAUCACGUCCCCCUGGGUCCUGGGAUUCUUCCAUAUGGGCUAUGGCAGUGUUCUGGACAUCCUCUUCAUCAUCCUCAACUCACAGCAAGGAACCUUCAUCUUCCUCAUUCACUGUGUCUUCAAUCCCGAGGUGCACUCACAUUGGAAGAGAUUGUUUAAAAAAUUAGCAUCCAUAUCAACCACACCAUUAAACAACAUGUAAUGAUCCUUUCUCUUCAACAUAUUGAUUGUAUAUUGAGUCUACAAUCAAAUGCAUACUAUAGUGUGGAACAUGGGGCAUAUGAAAUUGCAAUUUGCAUUUGAAGCAGAGUUCUUAUAUACUUAUUUAGUACUUCAGUCUGUUUUAUGGUUUCAGUUUUUGUUGGUUUUAAAAGUACAAAGGAAUGUAUAGACCAUCCUAAAAAACUAAAACUAACACUAAGUUUAGUUUCAGUUUCUGUAUAAUGUAGUUUUGUCUUUUUUGCAGAAAAAGUUACAAUGAAGGAGUCAAAUCUUAUCUUUCAUUAAUACAAGGUCCUUUUCAGUAGUCCAGUGGAUCUCGAUAAUUUAAAUAGAACAGGAGAAAGUUAACGACCACAGUGCAGGGGUAAACUGACGAUAAACUAAGCUGAUUUUACCUUAUAAUUCAGUUUAGUUUUAUACAUUUUGCCUCAUUCUUUUUUACUUUUUUGAAAACUGUUGUAUUUUUUUAUUAUUAUUUCAGUUAGCCAAAUAAUUAUUUCAUUGUUUCUGAUAAUUAUUAUGGACAUGAUUCAUGAUCAUAAUUGAUAUACUGCAAUACCAGUAUCACUGUAGUAUGUUUAUAGUAGGUGAGUGGUAUUUAAAUUGAGAAGGGUCAAGUUCAUUCCUUGUUCAAGGGCACAAUGGUAGAAGCUGGGAAUUGAACCCACAACCUGUUUCGCUACUGCAUGCUAGCCCAGCCAUAUCACCAAGGCUAUUAAAUAAUAUUUAAUGAUAUAAUUUAUUUAUUUCUGUUCAACAUAUAUCAAAUAUGAAGGAGUCUAUAUAGAAUGUUUUUAAUAACGUCAUGUACAAGUUGUAACCUUACUUUAUAACAAAAUAAUAUGGAAUGUAUAUGAAAUGCUUGUGUCAAAAUGGCAAAUGUUAUCCUAUUAAACAACAA